AUGGAGUAACGGUAAUUGAUGAAUUAACUCCACCACUUUCAAAAACAACACCCUUUCAAGAAUGCAUGAAUCAUUUUCCCACCAUACUUUUUUCAUUCAUUCAUUCAUUCCUUUUUAAUCACCCGUGCUCUCUUUCUGUCAAUUGUUCAUCCGUGAGUCAUUGUCUAUAUCUUCUUCUUCUCUCUCCCCUGCACAAAAAAAUUCUUUAUAUCUAUAUAUAAACUUGUUUUGGUUACUUUCUAUAUAUGUUUCCUAAUAAUUCUCAUUUUCUUUCCUUUCACGAGAUCAUUAUACUUUAUUAUUAGCUGCAUUCUAAUCUCCUUUGUUUUCUACUUCACUGCCUAUAUAUAUAGAUUCUCUCAUUCACAUGUCUUUAUCUUGUUUUCAUUCCAUUUUCUCUUAGCUUUUUACUCAACUUUUGUGGCAUGUCUUUCUCAUUUUUUCAAUUACCAACUCCAAAACAAACUCUUAAAGCCUUACUUAUUUUUUUGGCUUUUUCUCUUUUGCUUUGCUUAUAAUUCAGUUCUUUACACUUUCCUCUCUGUUUACAUCUACCUUAAUUCAGCUUGGUUCUCUGGUGACAGAAAAAUGAAGGCUUUUGUGUGUUUGCUUAUGGCCCUUAUGGUGUAUGAUUGUGCUGCUGUUAGCAAAGAAUGCACAAACAUUCCGACUCAAUCGCAUACGCUUCGGUACGAGUUGUUGGCAUCAAAGAAUGAGACAUGGAAGAAAGAAGUGAUGUCUCAUUAUCAUUUGACACCAACUGAUGAAUCAGCUUGGGCAGAUUUGCUUCCAAGGAAGUUGUUAUCAGUAGAACAAAAAAAUGAUUGGGCUGUUAUGUAUAGAAAAAUUAAGAAUAUGGGUGUUUUUAAGCCACCUGUUGGAUUUCUCAAAGUAGUGCCUCUUGAGGAUGUGAGGUUGCUAGAAGGUUCAAUUCAUGCCGUGGCGCAGCAGACUAAUUUGGAGUAUCUGUUGAUGUUAGAUGUUGAUAGGUUACUUUGGAACUUCAGGCACACGGCUGGUUUACCGACUCCUGGUACGCCUUAUGGAGGAUGGGAGGCGCCUGAUCAGGAACUCAGAGGACAUUUUGUUGGGCAUUACUUGAGUGCAUCAGCUCUAAUGUGGGCCAGCACAAAGAAUGAUAUCCUGAAGGGGAAAAUGACGGCUCUUGUUGCUGGUCUGUCCGCCUGUCAGGAGAAAAUUGGAACAGGAUAUCUAUCUGCAUUUCCAACCGAAUUUUUUGAUCGAUUUGAAAACGUUACUUUAGUGUGGGCUCCCUAUUACACCAUUCACAAGAUCUUGGCCGGCUUGUUGGAUCAAUAUACUAUAGGUGGAAACCCUCAAGCUCUAAAAAUGGUGACAUCGAUGGUCGAUUACUUUUACAAACGAGUUAUGAAUGUAAUAUCACAGUACACUGUAACUAGACACUAUCAAUCACUGAAUGAGGAAACUGGAGGAAUGAAUGAUGUCCUUUACAGAUUAUAUAUCUUGACGGGAGAUUCAAAGCAUCUAUUGUUGGCACACCUUUUCGACAAGCCGUGCUUUAUAGGGUUGCUUGCAGUACAGGCUAAUGACAUAGCUAAUUUUCAUGUUAAUACACAUAUCCCAAUUGUUGUUGGAGCUCAAAUGCGUUAUGAAGUCACAGGUGAUCCACUUUAUAAGGAAAUUGGGACGUUCUUUAUGGACCUUGUAAACUCUUCUCACAGUUAUGCAACUGGAGGGACAUCAGUCAGUGAAAACUGGAGUAAUCCAAAGAGAAUAGCAGACAACCUAAAAAUACCAGAGACUGAAGAAUCUUGCACAACAUAUAAUAUGUUGAAGGUUUCACGUCACCUGUUCAGAUGGACCAAGGAAGUCUCUUAUGCAGAUUAUUAUGAGCGCGCCUUAACGAAUGGUGUACUCAGCAUUCAAAGAGGAACAGAACCUGGGGUGAUGAUUUAUAUGCUUCCUCUAGGUCUUGGGGUUUCCAAAGCUAUAAGUUCCCAUGGUUGGGGAAAACCAUUUGAUGUUUUCUGGUGCUGCUACGGAACAGGAAUCGAAUCAUUCUCAAAGCUGGGAGAUUCUAUCUAUUUUGAAGAGGAAGGGAAUAGUCCUAGUCUAUACAUCAUUCAGUACAUAUCAAGUUCAUUUAAUUGGAAAUCUGGGAAAGUUUUGCUCACUCAGACAGUUGUUCCAGCUUCUUCCUCGGACCCUUACCUACGAGUUACAUUUACCUUCUCUCCUAAUGAGAAAACUGGUACUUCAUCAACGUUGAACUUGCGUCUACCAUCUUGGACUCACGCUGACGGUGCAAAGGCAAUGUUGAAUACUGACACUUUAUCUCUGCCAGCUCCAGGGAAUUUCUUGUCAAUCACACGACAGUGGAGUGCCAGUGACAAGCUGACCCUUCAGUUUCCGAUUACCAUCAGAACAGAAACCAUAAAAGAUGAGAGACCUGAAUAUGCAUCUGUUCAAGCAAUUCUUUACGGACCAUAUCUUCUUGCCGGUCAUACCACCAACAAUUGGGACAUUAAAGCAGGAACCGAUUGGAUUACUCCGAUUCCUUCCAGUUACAAUAGUCAACUAGUUUCAUUUUCACAAGACUUUCAAAAUUCAACUUUUGUUAUAACAAACUCAAAUCAAUCACUCACAAUGCAAAACUUGCCUGAACCUGGAACUGAUACCGCUCUUUAUGCUACCUUUAGACUUAUCCCAAAAGAUGCUACCAAUAAAUCAGUGAUAAUAGAACCGGUCCAUCUUCCUGGAACGAUUAUAAGUCACCAAGAACCAGACCAACCUCUUACCAUUGUUGAUUCUUCCAAAGGCGGGCCUUCUUCUGUAUUUCUGGUGGUACCAGGAUUAGACGGACGGAAUCAAACAAUAUCUUUACAAUCACAAAGCAAUAAAGAUUGUUACGUGCAUAGCAAUAUGAGCUCUGGUUCAGGAGUUAAGCUAAGGUGCAAGUCUAAUUCCGAAGCUGGUUUUAACCAAGCAACGAGCUUUGUUGCUGGGAAAGGAUUAAGACAAUACAAUCCUAUCAGCUUUGUGGCUAAAGGUGGAAACCAGAAUUUUCUUUUAGAGCCAUUGUUCAACUUCAGGGAUGAGCACUAUACAGUUUAUUUCAAUAUUCAAGAUUGAUACAAACUUUGUUUUAUUCUAUUGGUUUGAAAUAAACAUUGUAAGUAAGUUUCGCCUACAAAAGUUCGAAUAAUGAACAUUUCGUUGUAGAAAGAUUAGCGGAUGAAUUUAUAGUGGAUUGUUUUGAUUCA